UACACACCACUGCCCGCCGGUCAGUUGCUGCCGCCCCUCCGCGCCGCCGCCCGUGUGUUGGGCUUGGCCUCCACCUGCAACCUGCGGAAGGUAUCCGACAGGCGCAGGUGGCCGAGCGUGUUGCGGUCCGUGCAGUAGCGGGCAGCAUUGCGGAGGCGGCGCUCGACGAAGGACGUCUCGCCCUCGUUGCCGCGGGGGGGGCAGGGGCUCUCCUUCUCAAACCUGAAGAACAUACAGCCACAAGCACACACCCGUUGCCCAUCGGUCCAGAUCCAUGUGUGCCUUUCAUGAUUCGCCUACGUUUCCAGCACGUGGUUGAGUUGGGCGUUGCUGAAGUCCCAGCCCUGCGGCACUUUGCCGUCGCUGCCAGCCACUCCGAAGAGCGCCGGCAGCAGGCCAAGGCCGCGGGAAGGGUCCGACAGCAACCACCCCACACUCAGCACCUCCUCACUCCACUGGCCCCUGACCACACAACAGACACACACACAGAAAGAGAGACGAUGACUGAUUGACUGCCCGAUUGACUGGCUCCCGCGGCGCCCUCACACUUACGGGAGGAGGGGACCGUCGUCGAGGAGGCCGUUGAUGAAGGGCGCAUACGUGUCCUUGUCGAUGUGGCUGUUAGCCACCUUGUCCCUCGCCCUCUGCACCCUCUCCUCCUCUCCUUCCUCCUCCUCCUGCCUCUUGGUGGCGUUAUCGUCGUCGCGUGACGGGCGGUCCUCUCCCCGCACUUCGGCCGUCUCUUGUUGGUCCAGGCCGAACAGCUCCUCGAUGGUGCCGUAUCGGCCCGGCAGCUUGAUGUCAGGCUGGCCGUCGACGGUCCUAAUCCACCAGUGCCCACCCGCCUUGUACAAGACUACACACCCGUCGACGAUGACAGGUUGUAGCCCUGACUCUUGAAUGAUUAGGCAGAUGGGCACCACUACACACCACCACCAAAUAAUGAUGCACCAUUCCCACCUGGGCCAAACACACACACAGAGCAUACGAGAGAAUCUUCCUCUUUUGCACUGCACCGUAUCCAUGCAUGCAUCUGUGCAAAUGUUACUUCGGGCAGACGCGCCAGAUUAUAAUGAGGGUAUCGAUGAAUACCCACAAAAAGUAGAGGGGGCCUUUGUUGUGCGUCUGGCCGUCAGUCAUCUCCAAGUAAUCUAACACACGGGGUAUGACGGCGUCGAGGCUGAGGGUGAUGUGCUCAUUCGUGCGGUGGUUGCGGUGGCUGAAGUGCAGAACAUAUCCAAAUAUCUCGCUAAACCAUAGGAAUCCCACAAACCCAUGGGGUGCAUCGUUGCUGCGGGUCGGUUUAUCGUCCGGCUUCUCCUGGUGGUUUUUCUUUAUCUUGUCUAUCAGCUUAAUGCAUUUUUUGCCUUUAGGAGGCAUGGCGGCGAGAGGAGGGCAGCA